UUGCGAUUAAACUCUCCCGAGAGCGCGAAAAACAGUGGAAAAGCGCUUUCCCUCUUGUAGGUGGAUUGCAGUAUUAUCUAAUGUCAAUCAUGGUGGAUCAAGAUCAGCAAUGGCUAAUCAAUUGCUUGACUGCCACUCUUGACACUAAUCACCAAGUUCGAUCCUUCGCCGAAGCCUCUUUGAAUCAAGCCUCUCUUCAACCAGGUUUUGGAGCUGCUUUAUUGAAGGUUGCUGCAAACAGGGAGCUUCCACUGGGAUCGCGUCAGCUAGCUGCCGUUCUUUUGAAGCAGUUCAUUAAGAGACACUGGCAGGAGGAUGAGGAAUCUUUUGAACAUCCUGUUGUUUCUAGUGAUGAAAAGGCAACUAUACGUAGACUUCUUUUGUCAUCAUUGGAUGAUUCUCAUCGAAAAAUCUGCACAGCGAUUAGUAUGGCUGUGGCAUCCAUUGCACAUUAUGACUGGCCAGAGGAUUGGCCUGACCUACUGCCAUUCCUCCUGAAGCUGAUUAGCAACCAAACCAAUACGAAUGGAGUUCAUGGGGCUCUAAGAUGCUUGGCUCUUCUUUCCGCGGAUUUAGAUGAUAUGGUGGUGCCAACCAUAGUGCCUGCUUUGUUCCCAUGCUUGCAUUCAAUCGUGUCAUCUCCUCAGAUCUAUGAAAAACCAUUGCGCACAAAGGCUCUUUCAAUAGUUUAUUCUUGUACUUCCAUUCUGGGGGUAAUGAGUGGUGUAUAUAAGAGAGAAACAAGUGCAUUGAUGUUACCCAUGAUUCAACUUUGGAUGGAUCAAUUCUCCUCCAUCUUAGAAAAUCCUGUACAAUCCGAAGAUCCUGAUGAUUGGAGCAUCAGAAUGGAGGUUUUAAAAUGCUUGAAUCAAUUUGUCCAGAACUUUCCAAGCCUUACUGAAACUCAGUUUAUGGUUAUUGUUGGGCCAUUGUGGCAGACAUUCAUAUCAUCUCUUGGAGUGUAUGAACGAUCAUCAAUUGAAGGUAUGGAAGAUCCUUAUGAUGGAAGGUAUGAUUCUGAUGGUACAGAGCAAAGCCUUGAGACCUUUGUCAUCCAGCUGUUUGAGUUUCUCUUGACCAUUGUGGGUAGCACAAAAUUUGUAAAGGUUGUUGCAAAUAAUGUUAAAGAAUUGGUGUAUUAUACUAUUGCUUUUCUGCAGAUGACAGAACAACAGGUUCAUACUUGGUCACAGGAUGCUAACCUAUAUGUCGCUGAUGAGGAUGACAAUACAUAUAGUUGUCGUGUUUCUGGUGCACUUCUACUGGAAGAGGUCAUUAAUUCUUAUGGUGCGGGUGGAAUUGAUGCUAUAAUUGAUGCUGCAAAAAAUCGAUUUAGUGAGUCUCAACAACAGAAGGCUGCUGGUUCUGCUAGCUGGUGGCGAAUAAGGGAGGCCACUCUUUUUGCUUUGGCUUCUGUGUCAGAACAAUUGCUUGAAGUAGAGGUUUCUGGUCUUGUCAGGGUCAGUUUAGGGAACCUUUUAGAGCAAAUAGUUACCGAAGACAUGGCAACAGGGGUACAUGAAUAUCCCUUUCUUUAUGCUCGUAUGUUUUCAUCAGUUGCCAAAUUUUCCUCCGUGAUCAACCAGCGGGUCAUUCAGAAUUUUCUAUAUGCCGCUAUCACCGCGAUUGGCAUGGAUGUGGGCCCACCUGUGAAAGUAGGCAUCUGUCAAGCACUUUCACGGCUCUUACCUGAUGCAGACCGAGGAAUACUUCAGCUUCAUUUGUUGGGUUUAUUUUCAUCACUUGCAAACCUUCUUAAUCAUGCAUCUGAUGAAACCAUGCAUCUUGUACUCGAAACACUACAAGCAGCUGUGAAGGCAGGUCAUGAAGCAUCAGCGUCAAUAGAACCCAUUAUCUCUCCUAUUAUCCUUAACAUCUGGGCUUUGCAUGUUUCAGACCCUUUUAUUAGCAUUGAUGCUCUUGAGGUUCUGGAGGCAAUCAAAAGUUCUCCGGGUUGUAUCCGCCCCCUGGUUUCUCGAGUUUUACCUUAUAUCCAGCCAAUUCUGAAUAAACCUCAACAGCAGCCAGAUGGUCUAGUUGCUGGUUCGUUGGAUCUUGUGACAAUGUUAUUAAAGGGUGCUCCUAGUGAUGUGGUAAAAGCGGUGUACGAAGUUUCCUUUGAUCCUGUUGUUCAGAUAGUCCUUCAAAGUGACGACCACAGUGAAAUGCAGAAUGCAACCCAGUGCUUAGCUUCUCUUGUAUCUGGAGGAAAACAAGAAUUGCUUGCUUUGGGUGGUGAUCCUGGAUUUACUAUGAGAAGUUUGCUUGAUGUAGCUUCAAGGCUUUUAGAUCCAGAUCUGGAAAGUUCUGGAUCACUUUUUGUUGGGAGCUACAUUUUGCAACUUAUAUUGCACCUCCCUUCUCAAAUGGCACAGCAUAUAAGGGACCUGGUUGCUGCUCUUGUUAGGCGCAUGCAAACGUGUCAAAUUGCUGGAUUGAGGAGCUCGUUGCUGCUUAUUUUUGGUAGAUUGGUCCACAUGAGUGCUCCACAAGUAGAGCAAUUUAUUGAUUUACUGAUCUCAUUACCGGCUGAUGGCCAUGUUAACUCCUUCGUUUAUGUAAUGUUAGAAUGGACAAAGCAGCAAGGGGAAAUUCAGGGGGCCUACCAAAUUAAGGUCACGACAACUGCUUUGGCUUUAUUGCUGGCGACCAGGCAUGUUGAAUUAGGAAAGAUUAAUGUUCAAGGCCAUCUAAUUAAGUCCACUGCAGGGAUAACCACUCGCUCAAAGGCCAAACAUGCUCCAGAUCAGUGGACACUAAUGCUGCUUCCUGCAAAGAUACUGGCUAUAUUAGCGGAUUUAUUGAUUGAGAUGCAAGAACAAGUUUUAGCUGCUGCUGAUGAGGAUAGUGAAUGGGAAGAAGUUCAGGCAGGAGAUGUUGAAACGGGUUGCGAGUUAUUAUAUUCUGCAGGUGCUACGUCAGAUAGCAGACCCACGUAUGAUUACCUUGAUGCAAUGGCAAGAGCUUUCAAUGAGGAUCAAGAUGAUGGCUAUGAAGAUGACAUACUAAAUGGUGCUGACCCUCUUAAUGAGAUUAAUCUAGCAAAUUAUGUCUCGGAAUUCCUUGUGAAGUUCUCUCAUAGCAAUAAACCAUACUUCGAUCAUCUCUUCCAGAGUUUAACGCCGACUCAACAAAAUGCUGUCCAAAUGGUGCUGAAUCGAUGAAGAGUUUGUUUGUUGUACCUAUAUAGUUGUCCUAGUGCAAAUUCAUUUAUUGAUUGAGCCGAAGGAGUCUUGCUCUAGUUUCCCAAUCUUACUCUGGGGAGAGGAGCAACUUUCUGAGUUGUAAAAUUGAGGCAUUUCAUUCGUGUGUGUUGUAGUGUUUGUUUUAAUAGAGGUGAGGGCUAUGGCUAUCUAUUAGUAUUUGCCAUUUAAGAAAUGUGUGAUUGUGCGGGAUAACUACUGAUUGUAAGCGGGGAUUGAUUGUGUUCAUAUGAGAGAGAUAUUCAACUUUUUUCUU